GACGACCAGCUUGAGGUGCAAACUGAGGGUAGCGUGUUGCAAGCUGUGCGGCACACCCUCUGGCGCCGUCUCCGCCGUGCUGGCAGGUCGCUAAAACUCAGCGCCCGGCUGCACGAGGCGCCCUCGCUCUUCGCGCAGGAGGGCCUGCAGCUCACAUGGGAGCUGAUGUUCCUGGAGGCCUCUUUGUCUGAGCCCGGGGAACCUUCGGCGCCCCCAGUCGACCGGUUCAGCGCCUUUGCUUCGGCAGCCGCUGUGGAGGCCACAGCCGGCGAAGGUGCACCGCUCCCCGACCUCAGCGCUCGGCUACCUGGCGACGCGGCCUCGGAGGCGCUGCUCCGGGCCUCCACGGAAGGCGGCGAGGCGGUGAGGGUGGAGCAAGUUUCGUUGAAUGAACAACUCCAGAACGUGGGGCUUCUCAACAAGAUGUGCGCAUGA